AUGAUUACUACUACAGAUUUUUUCUUUCCAUUAGUUGAUGACCCAUAUUUCCAAGGCAAAAUUGCAUGUGCUAAUGUUUUAUCAGAUUUAUAUUCAUUUGGUAUCGAGGAGUGUGACAAUAUGUUAAUGUUGUUAGCAUGCUCGGUCGAUAUGACACCGGAACAAAGACAGUGGAGUUCAAAAUUAUUAAUUCAAGGUUUUAAUGAUCAAGCAACAUUGGCAGGUACUAAAGUUAGUGGUGGCCAAACUGUUAAAAACCCAUGGCCAAUUAUCGGUGGUGUAGCAACUUCAAUUUUAAAGACUAGCGAAUUUAUUAAACCGGUUGGUGCUGUAGAUGGCGAUGUAUUGGUAUUAACCAAACCAUUGGGUACUCAAGUAUGUGUAAAUUUCCAUCAAUGGCUAAGAAAUGAAGACCGUUGGAGAAAGAUUGAAUCCAUUACAAACGAACAAGAAUGUGAAGAGGUAUUCGAAUUUGCCACCAAAUCAAUGGCUCGUUUAAAUCGUACAGGUGCUAGAUUAAUGAAAAAAUAUGGAGCCCAUGCUGCUACCGAUGUUACUGGUUUUGGUAUUUUAGGACACAGUACAAACUUGGCUGGUAAUCAAGAUGCUUCAAUUCGUUUCGAAAUUCAUACACUCCCAAUUAUUAAACAUAUGAAAAAACUCGAAGAUCACCUUAACCAUCCAUUUAAAUUACUUCAAGGCACAUCUGCCGAAACCUCUGGUGGUCUCUUAAUUUGUUUACCACGCGAUAAAGCCGAAGCAUUCUGUAAAGAAAUUGAAGAAAUCGAUAAACAACCAGCCUGGAUCAUUGGUGAUGUAAUUGGUCAAUCCGAUAAACCCAGAUCAAUGAACACCUCCACUAUUUUAGAGAACCCAAAAAUUAUUGAGGUAGAACCAAACAAUAAUUUUUAA